AUGCCCGCUAAAUUUCCCUUGUGUUUCUCACUCCCAAAACUUGCUUUGUUCAGUUCUCUGCGACACGGCCAGAUCCACAAAUCAAAUUAUGGCCGCGAUGACGAUGACAUCAACCACGACCGUAUGGAAAGCCACAACGAAUUCACCCCGACAAAGAAAAAGACUUCCAGCGUCUAUUCAACCCUUCCUACUGGUCACUCGCAAUCGGGAUCACGGACUUCUUUUUCUUCACGAACCCGCGACGCAUUCAAUGAGCACUAUUUCAAAAUGUACCGCAAAGGAUGCUAUUGCAUCCUCACGCUACAAGAUGACACCAAUCUUCUGCGUAUGGCUCACGUCAUUCGACGCAAUAGCCCCCGCGAGAUGGCAAGCGGUUCUAUAGACUAUGAGAUUAUUCAGACUUUCAUCAUGAUAGUAGACAAAACCUGCUCAAUUGUAACCCACAUUAUAUCUUUUAAAUACUGGUUUUUUUUACCGGAUAUUCAUGUGCUGCAAGACGUGCAUGAUUAUGUCAAGACGAUCAUUUCAUGGAGGGAAAGCACGUCAUCUAGCAAGGCUCCUCUAUCAUUUUUAACAAAGUGGAAACUCGAAAAAUUAACUCAAUACACCCUAGUGGCCGUAAUCUAUACACCGCCGAUUUCGAGGAUAGAGCCAGGCCAGUCACCAAUAACUCAUACAUAUCCUUUCCCCGAUUUCCCAACACUUGCAUGUCAUAUUGCGCCUCCUUUUGCCGUCAUAAACGCAGGGCCGAAGUGCAACCGAGAUAAAAUUGGUGAGAUUGUUCAGGGACGCUUCCCGCAACCGACAGAUGAGUCUAAAAAAUUUGAACGGCGACUUACGCUGCUCUGCGAUACUUGGGAUCUUUUUCAGGGCGCCAUGAGCGCCGCUCAGGCGUGGGGGAUACAAUGCAAUAGAGAACAAAGGGCUCGUGAAAGAAAGAGGAAAGAGGCCGACUCAGAUCAAAUACCCAUGCGCAUCACAAGAUCUAAAUCACGCCUAAAUCUCACCGGUACGCCGUCCUUCAACGCUCUCAACCCCCAAGCUCCACGACGACCAACUUCAUACCCACCAGGCCAUCUCAAACGCAAUCUCUCAUCCACAUCAGACAGACUCACUUGUCAGGCGCUCGCACGUCACGGGAAACGACCAAAAAUUGGGACAUGUGGUUAUGAUGGCAGCUGGUCUCGAAGUGCAAUCGCAGAUUGGGCUAAGGAUUCUUCCAGGGCCUCAUCUCUACUAAAUUCUGAUGUCCUUGGAUAA